UCAUCUCCGGCGGGCCGACAGACGGGUCCUUCUCUCCGCGCCGCUCUGGAAGCUUCUUCUCCCCGCACGACCACACCUCAAUCCCCCUCCAUCCGCAGCCCAGCCGAGCCGUUCCUUCCCGGGGACACAUCCGUCCCUCUCCCAACACCUCCGUGAACAUUUCCCGUCGGAUAUCAAGCCGCGAUGCCCGAAGCCAUGGCGGUACCGAGAGCCUCGGUCGGGGUUAAAAACAAAGGAGGGGCGUACGUGGACCGAGACAAGCCGGCCCAGAUCCGCUACAGCAACAUCUCCGCCGCCAAAGCUGUUGCCGAUGCCGUCAGAACAAGUCUGGGACCCAAAGGAAUGGACAAGAUGAUCCAGGACGAGAAAGGUGAUGUGACCAUUACCAACGAUGGAGCCACCAUCCUGAAGCAGAUGCAGGUGCUCCACCCCGCUGCCAAAAUGCUGGUGGAACUGUCCAAAGCCCAGGACAUUGAGGCUGGGGACGGCACCACCUCUGUGGUGAUCAUUGCUGGAGCUUUGCUGGAUUCCUGCUCCAAACUGCUGCAGAAAGGUAUCCACCCCACCAUCAUCUCCGAGUCCUUCCAGAAGGCUGUGGACAAGGGGGUAGAGGUGCUGACGGCCAUGAGCCGGCCGGUGGAGCUGAGCGACCGCGAGACGCUCCUCAACAGCGCCACCACGUCUCUGUGCUCCAAGGUGGUGUCCCAGUACUCCAGCCUGCUGGCUCCCAUGAGCGUGGACGCCGUCAUGAGGGUCAUCGACCCGGCCACGGCCACCGGCGUUGACCUGCAGGACAUCAAAAUCAUCAAGAAGCUCGGAGGGACCAUUGACGACUGUGAGCUGGUGGACGGCCUGGUGCUGACUCAGCGGACGGCCAACACUGGUGUAACCCGGGUGGAAAAAGCCAAAAUUGGACUAAUCCAGUUCUGUCUGUCACCUCCCAAAACUGAUAUGGAUAACCAAAUCGUGGUGUCGGACUACGCCCAGAUGGACCGCGUGCUGCGGGAGGAACGUGCCUACAUCCUCAAUUUGGUGAAACAGAUCAAGAAAGCCGGCUGCAACAUGCUUCUCAUCCAGAAGUCCAUCCUCAGAGAUGCACUGAGCGACCUUGCUCUGCACUUCCUCAAUAAAAUGAAGAUCAUGGUGGUGAAGGAUAUUGAGAGAGAGGACAUCGAGUUCAUUUGCAAGACUAUUGGCACUAAGCCUAUUGCCCACAUUGACCACUUUACAGCAGAAAUGCUGGGCACAGCAGAGCUGGCAGAGGAGGUCAACCUGAACGGCUCUGGCAAACUGGUCAAGAUCACUGGCUGCACCAAUCCUGGUAAGACUGUGAGCAUCGUAGUACGCGGGUCUAACAAGCUGGUCAUUGAGGAGGCCGAGCGUUCCAUCCACGAUGCCCUGUGUGUCAUCCGCUGCCUGGUCAAGAAGAGGGCUCUGAUAGCUGGAGGUGGCGCUCCAGAAAUUGAGCUUGCUGUGCGUCUGGCGGAGUACUCGCGCACCAUGGGUGGCAUGGAGGCGUACUGUGUGCGUGCUUACGCCGACGCCUUGGAGGUGAUACCUUCAACGCUCGCUGAGAACGCAGGCCUGAACCCCAUCUCCACUGUGACGGAGCUCCGCAACAGACACGCACAGGGAGAUAAGAUGGCUGGCAUCAACGUCCGCAAGGGUGGAAUCUCUAACAUCCUCGAGGAGUUGGUGGUGCAGCCUCUACUGGUUUCCAUCAGCGCACUGACACUGGCAACAGAAACGGUCCGCAGUAUUCUCAAGAUUGAUGAUGUGGUGAACACUCGAUAAGUCUGUCCAGUGGCUUCUGUCAGUAGAUCUGGGAGGAAUCAGGUCAACAUCAGUCAUCUGUGAUUCCUGCUGUAGUUGUGACGUUGCCUAAUUUAAUAAUAAAGGCUUGUUUUUUUUUGUUGACACUCCA